UCUAUACUCCCUUGCUAUACUUUGGAAGUUUCUGGGUCAAGUGCACAAGGAAUCCAGGUCUGAGAGGGUCAGUUGCAUUUGUUGAGGUGAAUGAAAGGGAGACAAAUAUAUUUUUAAAUAGCUCUUUCAGAGCUGAAAUUCUCGAGUUAGUAACCAUGGUGUUAGGAAGCUUAAUUGAAGGGGCUAGUCUGAUCCCAUCUCCCCUGGGAGUCUUCUUUCUCCUGGGAUUACAAAUAUUGCCUCUGAAUUUAUCCUUUUAUUCUCUACAGGGUAGUCACCUUGGCAUAACUCCAGCAGGAGAAAUUGACCGAGAAGGAUGUGCGUGGUUCUUGUACCUUCCCCUCUCCACCUGGCCUGUCUUUAUCAGCUUGGGGAACAUCCAGAAGGGUGGAUGUGACGACACAGGGAGAGACUCAAGGAAUGAGGGCUGGUGCCUGGAAAAGGCUGGGAAAAGAGGAGACUGAAAGGAGAUGGAACAGAAACUAGUGAGGCUGCAGGAACACUGCAGAGCAAGGAGCACUGUCUUCUGAGGAGGUCUUCUCGGGAGAAAUGAGUUCUCUGGUCCUCUGGUUUCAGGGACUGCUGACCAACAGAAAGGGCAGUUGAUUUCUUUAUUGCAGAACUUCUCAGAGCCUUUGAUACGCAGUUGUGCUUUGGAACUACCAAGAGUAGGAUGUAGGAGAUGGCUCUUCCCCAGUAGAUCUGGCCAGCUUCCUGGAGUAGCUACCUGGUGGGUAUGGGAAAUUGUACUGAAGACCUGUGUCCUCAGAGUCUGCCCAUGGUGACCUUGAGAAAGUACCUGCCCUCCCUAAGGCUCAGUUUCUGUAAAAUAAAAAAGAGCUGCCUCUUAUGGUUUGUCGCAGCUGAUGGGGCUACUAUUUGCUCUAAGUAGGCAGGACAUGCCAGAAGGGUCAGCCUCUACCCCUCUCCCAACUGAGGGCAGCUAGGCACUGACCUUUCACUGUUGCUGGUGGUAAGCUGGAGACAGGGAGGACAGGUCCCACGUAAAAAGCAUUCUCACGGCAGUGGCAGCAGAUUGGAGAAGAGAAGGAAGGAGCAAGGGUUAUCCAGGAGCAUCCUUGGAAAAAGUCAGAGGUGGGGUGGGCCUACUGGCAUUAAGUCUUUGGGAAGAUACUUUUUUUAAAGUCCAGAGUCCUGUAGUUCCAGAUGAUACUCAUUUCUUCUGUAAAAAUACACUGAACACUUACUACAUGCCUGCCAGGUGCUGGGAAUCCAAGACAGACGUAGGCCCUGUCCUUCAGGGAUUUGAGUUAGAAAAUGAGACAGGAAAAUAGAUAUACAUGGGAUACCUUGGGAAAUACAUGCAGCAGACGGUGUGAAAUGACUAGACUCUAACACGUGAGUGGGAGCUGAGCAGGCAAAAGAGUGGAGUCCAGAGCACUUGAAAUUGGCAUGUGCUAAGGCCCAGAAGCCGAAGGCUUUCAAGGGACCGCCAUCAGCGUCUGCGUGCUGUUUCAGCUAGCUUGCCUUAUGCCGCAUGUAAUUCCCAAUUGAACAUGGCUUAAGCAGUAAGGGACUCAUUACCUCCUAUAUCAAGAGGUCCAAAGGAAAAGCCAUAAUAGGAUUGGACAAUUCGGCAUCUCAAGUGUCAUCAAACACCCACCGUUUUUCCGUUCUGGCAUAGUCUCACAGGCUCGUGUGGCUUGUUACUUCAUGUGCACAAAACAGCUGCAGCAGCAAGUCUUCAUUCAACAACAUUCAAAGGCUAGAAGAAAGCCCUUACUGUGUUCCUUUGAAAUGUUUUCUUCGAGGUCCUGAUAGACAUUCCUGACAUCUCAUUGGCCAAAUUUGCGUCAUAUAUGCAGGCCUAAACCAGUCACUGGCAUGGCAGAUUCCCAAGAUGGACUUAGAUCUAUCCAGAGGGGGUUUCUCUUCACCUGGAUCUUAGUCUCGCUCGCCUGUCACCUGGCCUCCACCCAAGGAGCUCCUGAAGAUGUGGACGUCCUCCAGCGGCUGGGCCUCAGCUGGACGAAGGCGGCGGGCGGCCGGAGCCCCCCGCCCCCGGGGGUCAUCCCGUUCCAGACGGGCUUCAUCUUCACGCAGCGGGCCCGGCUCCAGGCUCCCACGGCCGCCAUCAUCCCUGCCGCCCUGGGCACGGAGCUGGCGCUGGUGCUCAGCCUCUGCUCCCAUCGGGUGAACCAUGCCUUCCUCUUCGCCGUCCGCAGCCGGAAGCGCAAGCUGCAGCUGGGCCUGCAGUUCCUCCCCGGCAAGACUGUGGUCCACCUGGGGCCCCGGCGCUCCGUGGCCUUUGACCUCGACGUCCACGACGGGCGCUGGCACCACCUGGCCCUGGAGCUCCGCGGCCGCGCGGUCACCCUGGUGACGGCCUGCGGGCAGCGCCGGGUGCCCAUCUCGCUGCCUUUCCACAGGGACCCAGCGCUCGACCCUGACGGCUUGUUCCUCUUUGGGAAGAUGAGCCCACAGGCGGUCCAGUUCGAGGGGGCCCUGUGCCAGUUCAGUAUCUACCCCGUGGCGCAGGUCGCUCAUAAUUACUGUACCCACCUGAGAAAGCAGUGUGGACAGGCUGACACCUACCGGCCUCAGCUGGGACCCUUCUUCCCCCGAGACUCUGGCACACCCCUCACCUUCCAGAGCGACCCCGCCUGGCUGGGCCUGGAGAACCUGACCACUGCCAUGCCAGCCCUGGGGUCACGGCCGGCAGGCAGGGGGCCUGGGGUGACCGUGCCCAUCAAGCCCACGAGGACUAGCACCACAGGCCCGCCGCAGCCCAUCCCAUCCCAUCCAGCCUGGACCCCCCUGCCCUCCGCCAAGCUAUCAGCCAGUGAAGGGCCUCCUCCCGUGUCCCCGGUCCCUCCCACCAGCUCCCCCAGAUCUGUCCAGCCAUUGCAGAAGAACACAGCCACCAAGACCCCCAAGAGUCACCCUGCCACACCUUUCUCAUCAGCCCUUUCUCCUUCAAUUACCCCGGUCAGAAGCCCCCGCCCCACCCAGAAGACAGCUCUGCCUGCCUUCACAAAGCCAGCCCCACCCACCAAGAAGCUGGUGCCACCUACUUCCCAGCCCAUUUCUGCCAAAGUCUCCCAUUCCACAGCGAAGCCGAUCCAGAGGAACUCCGGCAUGCCCAGACUCCCGCCACCCAGUGCCCGGCCCCUACCUCCAGCUGCUGGCUCCUCUCAAAAGCCUUUGCCCCCAGUGGUCCAGGCUGAGGCCAAGAUGAGUAGUCGUGCCAGUGAGCCGGCUCCUGCCCGCACCAGCACACACAGACCUCCCCCACCCACAGUCCCACCCUCAUCACCUGUCCCCAGUCCUAGCCCUCCCAGGACCGCUCGGCCACUGGCCACAGCGAUGCCUCCCACCCUCGCUCCUGGUUCAGCCUCCACUGGAAGCAAGAAACCCACUGGAUCAGAAGCCACAAAGAAAGCCAGACCCCGGAAGCCCGUCCCGCUCAGAUCCGGGAAGGCAGCCCGAGAUGUCCCGCUGAACGAUCCGACAAGGGAGUCCAGCCCCAGGCAGCCCCGGGCCAGGCAGCAGAGCUCCCCGGCCCCAGCGCGAUUCCUGUCCUCCAGCCCCCAGCCCAUGAGUACUGGCUAUUCGUUCUUCCACCUGGUGGGACCCACACCUUUCCUGCUGCUGAUCGGACCUCCGGGACCCAAGGGAGACUGUGGUUUGCCGGGUCCCCCUGGACUGCCUGGGCUUCCUGGACCUCCUGGCGCACGGGGUCCUCGGGGUCCUCCUGGGCCUUAUGGAAAUCCAGGCCUCCCUGGCCCCCCUGGAGCCAAAGGACAGAAAGGGGACCCCGGGCUCUCACCAGGAAAGGCCCACGAUGGGGCAAAGGGCGACAUGGGCUUGCCCGGGCUCACUGGGAAUCCAGGACCCCUUGGACGAAAGGGACAGAAGGGUUAUCCUGGACCGACGGGGCACCCCGGAGAACAGGGGCAGCCAGGACCCGAGGGUAGCCCAGGGGCCAAAGGUUACCCUGGCAGGCAGGGGCUGCCUGGACCCAUAGGAGACCCUGGGCCCAAAGGCAGCCGGGGCUACAUUGGACUCCCGGGGCUCUUCGGCCUGCCAGGGUCCGAUGGCGAGCGAGGCCUGCCUGGCGUUCCUGGCAAGAGGGGCAAGAUGGGUAGGCCGGGGUUUCCUGGAGACUUUGGGGAAAGAGGCCCUCCAGGACUGGAUGGAAACCCUGGAGAGCUGGGCCUGCCAGGGCCCCCAGGAGUCCCCGGCCUCAUUGGUGACAUGGGAACAUUGGGUCCGAUUGGCUACCCAGGACCCAAGGGCAUGAAGGGACUGAUGGGAAACGUGGGGGAACCCGGACUGAAAGGUGAUAAGGGUGAACAAGGGGUUCCAGGUGUGUCAGGAGAUGCCGGAUUCCAAGGAGACAAGGGAAGCCAGGGCUUGCCAGGGUUCCCAGGCGCACGGGGGAAGCCAGGGCCUGUGGGCAAAGUUGGAGACAAAGGAUCCAUUGGGUUUCCUGGGCCCCCGGGACCUGAGGGAUUCCCUGGAGACAUUGGCCCUCCCGGGGACAACGGCCCAGAAGGUGUGAAGGGUAAGCCUGGAGCUCGAGGCCUGCCAGGACCCCGUGGGCAGCUGGGCCCCGAGGGAGAUGAGGGGCCCAUGGGGCCACCAGGGGUCCCUGGCUUGGAGGGUCAGCCCGGCAGGAAGGGGUUUCCUGGAAGACCUGGCCCAGAUGGCCUGAAGGGCGAGCCAGGCGAUCCUGGAAGGCCGGGGCCUGUGGGUGAGCAGGGACUUCUGGGAUUCAUUGGUCUGGUUGGGGAGCCAGGAAUCAUGGGAGAAAAGGGUGACCGGGGCAUGAUGGGACCCCCAGGCGCGCCCGGACCCAAGGGGUCGAUGGGCCAUCCUGGAACCCCAGGUGUGGUGGGAAGCCCUGGAGAGCCUGGACCUCUGGGUCCUCCAGGAUCUCGAGGCCCACCGGGCAUGCGGGGAGCAAAGGGACGCCGGGGACCCCGAGGACCGGACGGACCAGCUGGGGAGCAGGGGUCCAAGGGCCUGAAGGGCCCGCCAGGACCACAGGGCAGACUGGGCCAGCCUGGGCAGCAGGGCGUGGCUGGCGAGCGGGGCCACUUGGGCACACGCGGCUUUCCUGGCCUCCCGGGUCCCUCCGGUCCCCCAGGCGCCAAGGGCCUCCCAGGAGAACCGGGCCCUCAGGGACCCCAGGGGCCAAUUGGCCCUCCAGGAGAGAUGGGACCCAAGGGACCACCAGGUGCAGUGGGAGAACCGGGCCUUCCUGGGGAAGCUGGCAUGAAGGGUGACCUUGGGCCUCUUGGCAUCCCUGGGGAGCAGGGCCUCAUUGGGCAGCGGGGAGAGCCGGGCCUCGAGGGCGACAGUGGCCCUGCAGGGCCUGACGGGCUGAAGGGGGACAGGGGUGACCCCGGGCCUGAUGGUGAACGUGGCGAGAAGGGCCAAGAGGGGCUGAAGGGCGAGGACGGGCCCCCCGGCCCUCCUGGCAUCACUGGCGUCCGGGGUCCUGAAGGAAAACCAGGGAAGCAAGGCGAGAAGGGCCGGACGGGAGCCAAGGGUGCCAAGGGCUACCAAGGACAGCUGGGUGAGAUGGGCGUCCCUGGAGAUCCUGGACCCCUUGGCACCCCAGGCCCUAAAGGGUCCCGGGGCAGCCUGGGACCAACGGGUGCUCCAGGACGGAUGGGGGCCCAAGGAGAGCCGGGACUGGCCGGUUACGACGGACACAAAGGCAUCAUGGGACCCCUCGGACCUCCUGGCCCCAAGGGUGAAAAGGGGGAACAGGGCGAGGAUGGCAAGGCUGAGGGGCCCCCCGGACCACCUGGAGAUCGGGGCCCCGUGGGUGAUCGAGGAGACCGUGGGGAACCAGGGGACCCUGGAUACCCUGGGCAGGAGGGUGUACAAGGCCUCCGUGGAAAUCCAGGCCAGCAGGGCCAACCCGGGCAUCCGGGACCCCGGGGACGGCCGGGCCCCAAAGGAUCGAAAGGGGAAGAGGGACCAAAGGGAAAGCAAGGCAAGGCUGGGGCCCCAGGACGGAGGGGGAUCCAGGGCCUGCAGGGGCUCCCGGGGCCUCGGGGCGUGGUGGGGAGACAGGGCCCCGAGGGUGUUGCUGGACCAGAUGGGCUUCCUGGCCGUGAUGGUCAAGCUGGACAGCAGGGGGAGCAAGGAGAUGACGGUGACCCCGGGCCCAUGGGCCCCGCUGGGAAGAGAGGAGAUCCAGGUGUGGCUGGCUUGCCUGGGGCACAGGGGCCCCCAGGAUUCAAGGGUGAAAGUGGGUUACCUGGACAGAUGGGACCCCCUGGCAAACGAGGGACAGAAGGUGGAAUGGGGCUUCCUGGGAACCAGGGGGAGCCUGGAUCCAAAGGCCAGCCGGGUGACUCUGGCGAGAUGGGAUUCCCAGGAAUGGCUGGCCUCUUCGGACCCAAGGGCCCCCAAGGAGACAUCGGCUUCAAAGGCAUCCAGGGCCCUCGGGGGCCCCCUGGCUUGAUGGGAAAGGAAGGUAUCAUCGGGCCCCUAGGAAUCCUGGGGCCUUCGGGACGCCAGGGUCCCAAGGGUGACAAAGGCAGCCGAGGGGACUUGGGAUUGCAAGGUCCGAGGGGUCCUCCCGGUCCCAGAGGGCAGCCUGGCCCACCGGGUCCUCCAGGGAGCCCUAUCCACUUUCAACAAGACGACCUUGGGGCAGCUUUCCAGACGUGGAUGGACACAAGCGGCGCACUAAGAGCGGAGGGUUACAGCCAUCCGGACCGGCUGGUGCUGGACCAGGGAGGGGAGAUCUUUAAAACCUUACACUACCUCAGCAACCUCAUCCAGAGCAUUAAGACGCCCCUGGGCACCAAAGAGAACCCCGCCCGGGUCUGCCGGGACCUCAUGGACUGUGAGCAGAAGAUGGUGGAUGGUACCUACUGGGUGGAUCCGAACCUUGGCUGCUCGUCCGACACCAUCGAAGUCUCCUGCAACUUCACACAUGGUGGACAGACGUGUCUCAAGCCCAUCACGGCCUCCAAGGUGGAGUUUGCCAUCAGCCGGGUCCAGAUGAAUUUUCUGCACCUGCUAAGCUCUGAGGUGACGCAGCAGAUCACCAUCCACUGCCUUAACAUGACCGUGUGGCAGGAGGGCACCGGGCAGACCCCAGCUAAGCAGGCUGUGCGCUUCCGGGCCUGGAAUGGGCAGAUCUUUGAGGCCGGGGGUCAGUUCAGUCCAGAAGUGUCCAUGGAUGGCUGCAAGAUCCAGGAUGGCCGCUGGCAUCAGACGCUCUUCACCUUCCGGACCCAGGACCCCCAGCAGCUGCCCAUUGUCGGCGUGGACAACCUCCCUCCUGCCUCAUCAGGGAAGCAGUACCGCCUCGAAGUUGGACCUGCGUGCUUCCUCUGACCUCUGACCUCCUGGCUCCUCUAGGCCUCGAGGAGGAGGGAAGAGGAGAAAGAGGCAAAGGGAGGGUACCUAGGGGUAGGUGGGCCCAGGAAAGGCAGCUCACCUGCCCAGGGAUCCUUGAGCAGACCCCAGCUGUUGUCUGCCCAGUGGAAGAGGCUGAAGGGUAGCAGGACACAUGGGGUGUCCUUGGGAACAGCUGAUCCCAACUCAGCCCCAAACACCAACCAAAGAGCCAGCCAGAGCAAGCUGGGCCUGCAACCCGCCUGAGCCCCAUGGCCUGUCUCCCAGCUCUGCGGCCACCCCCUUCCCUGCCCAGCUUCCUGCCCAAAGAGCCCCACCUUCCAGCCAGCUUGAGAGAAGGGGGCAUCUUGUCAGCUGGUCCCUGCCGGGGAGCUUUGAUGUGCAAUAUUAGAGAGGAGACAUGAAAAAAGGAGAAAAGGAAAGAAGUAUAUAUAUAUUAUUUAAACAAACACAAAGAAGGUGCAUUACUAUUUUUUUUUUUUCAUCUGAGAAAGAUGUGAGAAGAUCAGAGAGAGCAGCCAGGGGGUGGGAAGUGAUGGAUGCAGAGAGGGAGAGGUGAGAUCCUCGGGGCUGGGGGUGUCCACGUCUGCUACCUCCCACUGUGAAAUCGCUGGUGCUCACAAUUGUCUUGUAGUGUAUGUGAUUUUUUAAGGAAAAAAAAAAAACUCUAUUUAAGAUUCUGAAGGUGCUACCAUUUUUGCCACACACUUUGAAGAAACAUUUAGAUGUGGGGUAUCAUCCACGCUUUUCUCUCUCCUCCAAAUAACAAAGUUCGGGGAAUUUUAAAAAUUUUCCUAAUGUCACCCUUGUGCUCAUCAGGUAAUCUGUUAAACAGGAGGUGGGGAAAGAAGGUAAAAGUGAAAAAAAAAAAAAAAGCAAAGCAAAAAAACAAAAACAAAAAAUAACCAGAAACAGAAGUAGGAAAGAUUUACCUUUUAACUUAUGGACUUUGAAAUGCUUGUCCUCUGAAGGCAGGGGGAGGCCUGAGCAUGAAGGAUCUUAUUUUGGCCUUUCUUGGUCUUGGAGGGAAGUUAGCUUAUCUUGGAUGGCGUGAUCUAGACUGAGGAGUCCUGACCUUGAGCUUCGACCCUGAAGAAACCAAUGAGGAGAAUGGGGCAGGGUCAGGACUGGCCUUGCAGGUGGACUGUAAAUACGGACCCAUCUCAUGAAGGCACAGACCAUCUCCUAAGGUCUUCCAUUCUGGAGCUUGUCCUUCCAAGAUAACAGUCAUCACUCUUGCUUUUUCACUGUCAUUCAAUUCUGUAGAAACCCAGUGUUGCUAACUCCAAGUGUAAAUGUGGGCGCAGGAGAAAGGCUUGUUAUGGGAAUCUCAGAGUUCAGCAUGGCAGGACUCACCAGGGUAAUCUGAAUUGUCCUGUAUCAGUGAACCAGUCAGCAUCCAGGUUGGAUUUUUGAGGUCAUUUUAACUAUGGAAUUAUUUUUAUAGAAGGGGAAAUUUUUGUGUCUAUUUGUGAAAGUCUAUUUGUGUCUCUUUUUUUUUUUCUUUCUAAAGUUGUGUCUCUUUGGGAAUUGGAUUUGAUUUUCAUUAUUUAAUACCUCACUCCGGCCCACCACCCCCCCCCCCCCAGCCCACCCCCACACCCCACACCUCACCCCCACUUCCUGUCUCCCUGCCCCGCCCACCGCCCCCUUGCUCCCGGAAGUGCGUUUUUUGUAGCAGCUCGGGCCUCAUCUCAGCCAUCGGUCUCCCAAGCCGCCAGUCUCCACCUGGCCUCUGUCCCGGCGUCUGUCUUGUCCUUGGGUUUCUCUGCUGUCCUCGUUCACGUCUCUGUCCACAUGUCAGUGUGUUAAAACCCAAGUGGGUUCUGUUUCUCCUUUUCCCUUCUGGAUUUUAAAUAAAUAUUUAAAACUGAGGCAAUGGAA